AAAUCAGAACCUGGCGGCCGCAGGUUUCUGUGAGGCAAGCUCUUGCCACGAUGGUGAGGGGCACCCAAGUCUUGGGCUGACCUCGCAACCCACCACUGCUCCACUUGGGUCACAGGGCUUGGGCCACUGGGAGCGCUGUGCUGCGAGGGAGGUGUGAAUGGGAUUGAUGGUAUGUUACUGCAUGGUAUGGUGUGGCAUGUUACUGCUUGGGAUGGUGUGGUAUGUGACUGCAUGGCGUGGUGUUGUAUGUUACUGCAUGGCAUCGUGUGGUAUGUUACUGCAUGGCAUGGUGUGGUAUGUAACUGCAUGUGGUCUGUCGAUGGUGUGGACGCCCAUGCAGGAUGCUGAAGUGGAGCUAGGAGGAACGAAUACAUGUGCUUAGGGGUAUAGCAUAUUGGAGUGGAGAAGAGACUACACUUAUUCGUGCAAUUAUCCUGAUUCCACCUUCCAUACCUAAAGUGGGGCUAAUGUUGUAUCUAUAUUUUG